UGUGGGUGGAUGAAUGCAAACCUUGCUCUCUUAGUUGAUAAAGAAUACGAUGGUCAUGCUCAGCCAAAUUCUGAGAUGGCUGAACAAACCAAAGGUACUGAGACUUGUAUGUCUUGCUUCAUCCGUUGUUGGACUGCUCUGUUAUGCACUCAGUUCCUCUUUCAACCAUUUACUGGGAAACUACUGGAGCUGGUGGAAGAUGCUUCUUUAUGUUGUUUUCAGUUUCAUCAUUUGUUUAGCUGUAUUAUUCGCACCGGCAAGGUCGAGCUCCACCUCUCUCCGGUUGGAAGCUCAUUUGGCAUUUUUGGUUCUAAUAGUCACUUCUGUUUAUUCCUUUUUGUUUGAUAACAUGGUGAAGGGUAAACCGGAUGCAUACAGCCUCAUCUCUUGUGCUGCUUUUGCUAUCAUGUCGCUUGGAUUGUCAAAUCUUACUCAAUUUGGUUUCCAGAUCGACCUGCUAUAUUUCUUCUGUGGAGGUCUAACAGUACAACUGAUGAAGAUCAAAUUGUGGUUAGUCAUUGUUGGAGGGGGUUUCAGUUAUUCCCUCCUCCAGCUUCGAGACUAUCCGCGCGACGCACAAGGGGAGAAUCUUCAGCUCGAGGUCCACAAUCAAAUAGCCAUUCAAGUUGAUGAUUCAGGGAGAUUUAGUAAUACCAGUCAUGAUAUGAUGUCACAACAAGCUAAUGCUGAUGUUGAUAGUACUGUAGACACCCCACCACAAGAUGAAGAUCUUAGAUUCCAAGACCAUAUACUCACUCAAAGCAAUUCAGCUUCACAAGAUGGAAGCGUUGGCUAUGGUCUUAUCAUCGAACAACAACUAAUGAAUUUUAUAAAAGAUCUCGAGAAGGAGAAUCAGAUGCUUGUUCCCAUGGUCUGUAGUUACGUGGAAAAAUACCUUAAAGCCGUGUGUGACUCCAAAGAAGUACCGGACCCUGACAUCAACUUGGUGAUGGAUGCCCUUCCAUCGGAAAUUAUGAGGCGCCUUAAGAAAACCCUCAAGGUGAUGAUGGAUGUAGGUUUUAAGGAGGAAUUGAGCGACGUUUACAGCAAAUGGCGAAGGGAUUUUCUAGAACAAUGUCUGCGGGCACUUGGGUUGCAAUUUGAAACGCCCAACAAUGAGGACUUUGAGAAGUGGUUAAAAACGUGCAAGGCAGCUGGGAAGAUACUUUUUCCCAAUGAAAGGAGACUCUGCGAUUACCUCUUUUCAGGGAUACAUGUCGCUGCCGAUGUUUCCUUCGAGAAGGUUUUCAAGGAACUGAUGAUUGGUCUUGUGAGUUUUGUCGAUACCACCAUAACAACUGGCAGUUAUUCGCCGAAUCUUCUGUCCAACAUCGUCCCUAAAAUGUCGAAGUCAUUGGGCGAGCUGAUACGGGAGUUCACCUCACAGUUGUUGUAUCACAAAUUGUCGUUCAUACCUUAUCUUGACGACGUUCAGCAAAGAUUGGCUAUGGUAAACAGCUUCAGGGAUAUUAUUUACCCUGAUAAUGUGCCGGCACCUGUUACCGACGGAGGGCUUCAUCUAAUUACUAAGGAAGUAAUGAACUACAUCCUUGGAAUUUGUACAAGUACGAAUGAGCUGGCUGGGCGAUCUCAUCGCAUCAGAAAUUCUUCAUUUUUGGUGGUGAUAGGAAGGAUGAUGGAGUUGUUAGUGAGCGAGUUGGAAGCCAAGUCUAAAGACUACUACACUGACCCCGCAUUGGGCUAUGUUUUUAUGAUCAAUAAUCUCAACUACAUAGCACAAAAGAUGCAUGAUUUGAAAUUCUACGAUCAUUGGUUUCGAGAAAAGGUGGGAGAAAACUGCAUCCUCUAUCUAAGAAGGUCAUGGAAUAAGACGUUGGACUUUUUGAAACUUGAGACAAAUGAGUCACUGGAACCUGAUGUGGUAGCGAAGUUAAUGAAAGAUAAGCUCUAUCUGUUCAACCUGCACUUUGAGGAGACAUGCACAAUUCAAUCUACAUGGACUAUCUCUGAUAAACGACUGAGGAAACUAAUAAUAAAAUCCAUAGAAGCUUUUUUAUUGCCAGAAUAUGGAAAAUUUUCUGACAGAUUUCGAUUUGUUUUUGGUAAUCAAGCUUAUCAUUAUAUUAAGUUUGGAAUCGUAGAUAUUCAAAGUUGUCUUAGCCAUUUGUUUCUCUUAGAUGAGAUGACUCUAAAAGACGCGAAAAGUGUACUUGCAAGAAUUUAG